UUAAAGAAAAUGAAAAACAGUCUUCCUGAUAUAUGUAACAACAGAAUCGAUGUUGUGUGGUCUUGGGUGAAUGGAACUGAUUUAAAAUGGAUUCAAAAGUUAAAAGAAUAUGUGAAUGAUGUUGAUCCGAAUCGAUAUAGAAAUACCAAUACUUUAAUAUAUUCAAUGCGGAGUGUAUAUAAGUAUUUGCCGUAUGUCAAAAACUACUUUAUAGUUACUGCAGACCAAGUCCCCAGUUUUUUGGAAACGCCAAUCAACAUGACAAGUUUUAAACUUGAGAGGAAUAACAUCACUUUAGAAAUUGUUCCACACUCACAAAUUUUGGAACAAAAGUACCUUCCUGUAUUUAAUAGUGAAGCCAUAGAAACAAGUCUUCACAAAAUAAAGAAUCUUGGAGAGUGUUUUAUCUAUUUAAAUGAUGACGUCUUCUUUAAUAGACCAACACCUCCAGACUACUUUAUAAAAGAUAAUAAAAUGCAAGUCCAUGUGGAGAGAUCAUCACCAGAAGACGUAUUAGAAGCUACUUCACUUGUACACAGUUGUAUAUCACACUCAAAUAGAAUUGUAAAUAAGUACUUUGGCUUGGAUGUUAAUACAAGACACCAUUUUAUGUCUCACGCUUCUCACUUCUUCAGAAAAAGUGUGUCGUAUGAACUUGAAUACGCGUUUUUGAAUGAAUUUGAGAACACUAGAAGUAAACGUUCAAGAGCUUGGCAGACAACCAAUUGGUCAUAUAUGGCAGGGAUAUUCGCAGUGAUGAAAGGAUAUGGAGAGGAUGUACGAGAACGAAAUAAUGUCAAAUUUUUAAUGUUUGCUGAUGACCAUGAAGAUAACGUCGUUGGAAAGAUACAAACAGAAGAGAUUCGACCGUAUGUAUUUUGUGUGAAUGAUGAUAUGUCUAUGAGUCACUUUGAAAAAGAAAUGAGAUUUGUUCACCGAUGGUUACAAAGUAAGUUACCCGAUAAAACUAUAUUUGAAAAGUAA